CCGGCACCCGCUCCCAGACCGCCGCCGGGGCUCCGCGCCGCCGCCGCCGCUACCCGACCCGACCCGACCCGACCCGCAGCGGAGCCGGCCGCGCCCGCGGGGCGGGGGCCGGGGGAGCCCCAUGGGGGGUGGGCAGCGCGGAGCCCCCCGCCCCUAAGCCGCCCGCAGCAUGCCGGCAGCCCUGCUCUUGCUGUGGCUGGGCUGCCUCUGCAGCCUCUGCCGGGCUUACUUCGAGGGCCCGCUCUACCCCGAGAUGUCCAACGGGACCCUGCACCACUACUUCGUCCCCGACGGGGACUACGAGGAGAACGACGACCCCGAGCGCUGCCAGCUGCUCUUCAGGGUGAGCGAGCAGCGGCGGUGCGGGGCGGCGGCGGCGGGCGGCGGGCUGAGCCUGCGGGAGGAGCUGACGGUGCUGGGCCGGCAGGUGGAGGACGCGGGCCGGGUGCUGGAGGGCAUCGGCAAGAGCAUCUCCUACGACCUGGACGGCGAGGAGAGCUACAGCACCUACCUGCGCCGGGAGUCCGCCCAGAUCAGCGACGCCUACUCCAGCUCGGACCGGUCGCUGAGCGAGCUGGAGGGCAAGUUCCGUCAGGGGCAGGAGCAGGGGGGCCGGGAGGAAGCCCGCCUGGGCGACAGCUUCUUGGGCUUGCUGCUGCACGCCCGAGCCCUGCUGCGGGAGACCCGCCACAUCUCCAGCGGGCUGCGGGACAAGCACGACCUCCUCGCCCUCACCGUCCGCAGCCACGGCGCCCGCCUCAGCCGCCUCAAGAACGACUAUCUCCGCGGCUGAGACGGCACCGACCCCACCCUCCCCCCGACCCCUCCGCACCCCCCGGGGGCCAGGGGCUUCGGACGG